AUGAAGGCGUGGGCCGAUAUGUAUCGGUUGAGCUUGUGUGAUGUUUUGGUGACGAGCCCUUGGUCUACUUUUGGGUACAUAGCUCAGGGGAUUGGAGGGUUGGAGCCGUGGAUGUUGAACAUCCCGAAGCCUAAGAAUUGUGUGGCGCCUUUGGAACCGGCUUGUAGUCGGGCGGUUUCUUUGGAGCCCUGCUUCCAUUGUCCUCCUAGUUAUGAUAUGAAGGCCAAGGUUGUAGUUGAUCCUGAAGUCGGGCUUGGUCCUCCUGUAGUGCAUUGUGAAGAUGUGAGUUGGGGAUUAAAGCUUGUUAAUGAUCGGAAAAUUUGA